UUUCGGAUUUAUAAACUACAAUACCCAUGAGUACGACGUUUAGGCAGGAAGAGAUGGAGGGCGGGACUCGCAAUACUUGCCGGGAGUUUUACUGCAUGUUUGUGGUCCAUGAUAGAGAGCUAGGCCUUUUGUCCUUUCUGUAAUCAUGUCCUCAGAGAGCACAUUGGACGAUGGUGACACUUUUAAGAUCCUGAUUGCUACUGAUAUCCACCUUGGUUACCUCGAGAAAGACGCCGUCCGAGGCCGGGACUCCUACAUCACAUAUGACGAGAUCUUAAAAUGUGCCCAGACAAAUCAGGUGGAUUUCAUCCUGCUUGGUGGCGAUUUGUUUCACGACAAUAAGCCGACUCGUCGCUGCCUCCACUCCUGCAUCACCACGCUCAGGAAAUACUGCAUGGGAGACUCGCCUAUACAAUUCAACAUACUGAGUGACCAGACAGUUAACUUUAACACCACCCAGUUCCCGUGGGUUAAUUAUCAAGAUGAAAACCUCAACAUCUCCAUUCCUGUGUUCAGCAUUCAUGGUAACCACGACGACCCAACAGGGGCUGAAGGUUUGUGCGCACUGGAUCUGCUCAGUGCCUCUGGUCUGAUGAACCACUUUGGUCACUCCAAUUCCGUGGAGAAGAUUGAGAUCAGUCCUAUACUUUUGCAGAAAGGCAACAGCAAGCUUGCCCUAUAUGGCCUUGGAUCCAUCCCAGAUGAGCGCCUGUACAGGAUGUUUGUCAACAAUCAAGUGACGAUGCUCCGUCCGAAGGAAGACCAAGAUGAGUGGUUUAACCUGUUUGCCAUUCACCAGAACAGGAGUAAGCACGGCCCCACAAACUACAUCCCUGAGCAGUUCCUGGAUGAAUUUCUCGACCUGGUGGUGUGGGGUCACGAGCACGAGUGCCUGAUUGCGCCGGCCAGAAAUGAACAGCAGCUCUUCUACGUGACACAGCCUGGCAGCUCUGUAGCUACCUCGCUCUCUCCUGGAGAGGCUACCAAAAAGCACAUAGGGUUGCUGAAGGUGAAAGGUCGGAAAAUGAACAUGCAGAAGAUCCCCCUGAAAACAGUGCGUCAGUUCUUCAUCCAAGAUGUGGUACUUUGUGACUACCAGGAUCUGUUCACAGUGGAUACACCGAAUGUCACCAAGAAGAUUGAGAACCUUUGCCACGCCAAGGUCAACGAGAUGCUAGAACAAGCCGAGAGGGAGCGGCUGGGAUGUCCGCUCACCCCAGAGAAGCCGCUAAUUCGCCUCAGGGUAGACUACACCGGAGGAUUCGAGACUUUCAACACGUCCCGCUUCAGUCAGAAAUAUGUGGACCGUGUGGCCAACCCAAAAGACAUUAUUCACUUUCUCAGAUGCCGUGAGAAAAAGGAGCAAGUCAAAGAUGAAAACUAUGUUGACUACAGCAAAGCGAUAAAAACGUCUGCAGUUGAGGGCCUGAGAGUUGAGGACCUGGUCAAACAGUACUUUGAAGUGGCCGAGCAGAAGGUGCAACUGUCCCUCCUGACCGAGCAGGGCAUGGGCAAAGCCAUUCAGGAGUUUGUAGACAAAGACGAGAAAGACGCCAUCGAGGAGUUGAUUACCUACCAGCUGGAAAACCAGCUAGCAUGUAGCUCCCAAGAUCCUGAGACCACUACAAGUGUAGACACUGAACCAAAUGCUUCUGAUGCUUAUGAUUCAACCAAUUCAGCAGUAGCCAGUUGCUCGGAUGAAUGUGAGGUCACUGCACCUCUGGACAGCAUAGAAAAUGAGCUGAAUCUUUCUUCAACACCAUCUACAGUGACAACUCUACCUAGUGAUCCCGCUAAAUGGGCUGAGACCCUCACUGAGUCAAUGAAGGAAGUUCUUAUUCAAAGAGGUGCAAAAUCAUUUCACAACCGUCACAGCCAUUAUCCAGCUUCUGUGAGGAACAGUGGGCUAGGAGGCAAAACCCGAUGCCUAAACAAUGAACAUUUUACUUCACACUUGCCCAAUGGACAACGAGUACAAAGAGAGUGGCUGAUGUACUCUCCCUCUACUGGUAAUGUUUACUGCUUUGCAUGCAAACUGUUUUCCCCAAAAACGCAUUCUUUUGUGACAGGCUAUUGUGAUUGGAAACACUCAGAAAGAUUUGGUGAACAUGAGCGAAGUGCUGAGCACAUAACCUGCAUGCAAGCAGUCUUGAACCGCGCCAAAGGUGCCACAGUUGAUGCAGACCUGUUCAAACAGUUUCAGGCAGAGAGCAGCUAUUGGAGGCAGGUGUUACAAAGAGUUGUUGCAGUCAUUAAAUUCCUUGCAGAAAGGGGCCUUGCAUUUAGGGGUAAAAAUGAAUCGUUAGGGUCUCCUCUCAAUGAGAACUACCUUGGUAUUCUGGAGGUCCUGGCUGAAUUUGAUCCCUUUCUAAAGGAUCACAUCAGAAAGUUUGGGCAGAUGGGUCGAGGUAAUACCUCAUAUCUGUCCUCCACCAUUUGUGAGGAAUUCAUUGAAUUGAUGGGUGCAAAAACCAAACAGGCUAUAGCAGAUGAACUGCAAGCAAGCAAAUACUACUCUAUCAUUGUGGAUUCAACCCCAGAUUUAUCUCAUGUGGACCAAUUGACAUUCAUAUUCCGUUUUGUUAGCAAAGAGGGCAGUGUUGUUGAACGCUUUGUGGGUUUUGAGCCCAUUACUAGCCAUACAGGUGAAAGUUUGGCUAACUGUGUCAUGUCUGUGUUGGAAAAUCUAGGGUUAGAGCUGUCAAAUUGCAGGGGGCAGGCUUAUGAUAAUGCCAGCAACAUGUCAGGGAGGUAUAAUGGGUUGCAGGCUCACUUAAAGAAAAGCAACCCAUUAAUACACUAUAUUCCAUGUGCAGCUCACUCUUUGAAUUUGGUGGGAGUCAACAGCAUUGACAGAUGUGGAAAUGAAGUCUCUAAGUAUUUUGACUUGAUUCAGUCUAUUUACAACUUCACAACUGCAUCCACACACCGAUGGGACAGGGUAUUUGGCAAUUCCAACAUAGAUCUCACACUUAAAGCUUUAUCCAACACGCGUUGGAGUUGCCGUGCAGAAUCUACCAAAGCACUGUGGCAGAACUACAGUAAAAUAAAAGCAGCACUACAGGUUAUUUCCACUGAUGACACAGAGAAACGAGACACACGAACUGAAGCUGACAGUCUAGUGCGGAAGCUGGAUUCACUUGAGAUGGCCUUCAUGGCAGGCUUUUGGGACACUGUUCUGUCCAGAUUUCAGGCCACAAGUCUGCAACUUCAAAAAGCAGACAUGGACCUUGGUACAGCAGUUAGAUUGCUGGAAUCUCUGCGCACCUUUGUUCUCUCCCAAAGAGAUCUAUUUGAUCAUUUUGAGCAGAAAGCCUUAAACAUGUUGGGUGGCACCCCAUCUUACAGGGCUGAACGGACGAGGAAACGUAAAAAGUUUGCUGAUGAAUCAGCAUCCCCAGAUGUUGUGCUUGAGGGAAGGCAACUGUUUCAAAUAGAGACAUUUAUUGCCUCGAGGGACUAA